AGAGAGAGAGAAUAGACGCUGGUGUGAAGUGUGUUUGUGGCUGAACAUCAGGAGAGAGAGGCGGAUGAUAUUCACCGGCUGAUCCGCGGAAUGGAGGUCUAUCCUCCCGAUCGAGAACGGAUGAUGGAGGCUUGGCUUGACGACAACCUAGAGUUCGCUCAUUCUUACUUUGUACGAAAGGCUUCUCGGGAAAUGGUCAACGCUUGGUUUGCUGAGCGUGUCCACUCCAUUCAGCCGUCUAGGGAAGGAUCCAAAGCCCCGCAGGAAGCUUUAACGGCCCUUCAUUCGCUGGGGCCAGCCGAUGCUCCAUCUCCGAGUCCAGCCCCAUCCACCCCUACACGAAAGAUCUCUGCGUCGGAGUUCGAUAGGCCGCUUCGCCCCAUCGUCGUGAAAGACGCAGAGGGUUCGCUCACUUUCCUAAGCGACACGGAGAGGGUGCAGAUGCCACUUCCUCCCUCCCAGCGGUCAGGCUCGGGCAAUGGGACGGAUGAGGGCGGAGGUAUUAUGGAUUCAGGAGACCGUUGCGCUCGUCUGUUGGAGCUUGUACGUGAUGUUUCCAGUCACUUGGACCUUACUGCCCUCUGCCACAAGAUCUUCCUACACACUCACGAGCUGAUCGCUGCAGAUCGCUACUCUCUCUUCCUGGUCGGGGAGGACAGCUCAAACAGGAAGUUCCUGGUUAGCCGGCUCUUCGAUGUUGCGGAAGGAACCACUCUUGAGGAGGCGUCCAACAGAGGCAUUCGCCUCGAAUGGAACAAAGGGAUUGUGGGAUAUGUGGCAGCCACUGGACAGCCUCUGAACAUCAAGAAUGCAUAUGAGGAUCCACGCUUUAAUGCAGAAGUUGACCAAAUCACAGGGUAUAAGACGCAGAGCAUCUUGUGUUUGCCCAUCAAAAACCACAGAGAUGAGGUUGUUGGUGUGGCGCAAGCAAUCAAUAAACGGUGUGGAGAGAACAGCACCUUCACGGAGCAGGACGAGAGGGACUUUUCUUCGUACCUGGCCUUCUCUGGCAUAGUGCUACACAAUGCACAACUCUACGAGACAUCGCAGCUGGAGAACAGACGGAACCAGGUGUUGUUGGAUCUGGCCAGUCUGAUCUUCGAGGAGCAGCAGUCAUUGGAGGUCUUACUGAGGAAAACUGUGGCCACCAUCUUGUCCUUCAUGCAGGCCCAAGAAUGCACCGUCUUCAUCGCUGACAGAGAAACAGCCAACACAUUCUCCAGUGUGUUUCACAUGGAAUACGAGGAGCUUGCGGGAUCUGUGGACUUCCCAAACAGAGAAUGUGACGUCAACAAGAUUAACUACAUGUACGCUCAGUAUGUGAAGAACUCUGUGGAGUCACUGAACAUUGCAGACGUCACCAAGGACCAGCGAUUUCCAUGGACUAGUGAAAAUCUACAGUCCUCAAAUGGCCAAAUCAAAAGUCUGCUGUGCACGCCCAUACGGAAUGGGAAGAAAGACAAAGUGAUCGGUGUCUGCCAGCUGGUCAAUAAGAUGGAUGACGCUUCAGGGGAAGUCAAAGCCUUUAAUAGGAAUGAUGAGCAGUUUCUGGAGGCCUUUGCUAUCUUUUGUGGACUCGGCAUCCAGAACACGCAGAUGUAUGAAGCCGUGGAGAGAGCCAUGGCCAAGCAAGAGGUCACGCUUGAGGUCCUCUCUUAUCACGCCUCGGCCGCGGAGGAAGAGACGCGGGCGCUCCAGGUAACUGCGGCGGCCACGAUCCCCUCGUCUCAGUCUCUCAGACUGCUGGACUUCGGCUUCAGUGACUUCGACCUGACGGACACGGAGACGACCCAAGCAACCAUCCGCAUGUUUGUGGACCUCAAGCUUGUGCAGAACUUUCAGAUGAAGUACAAGAGUCUGUGUCAGUGGAUCUUAAGCGUGAAGAAGAACUACAGGAAGAACGUGGUCUAUCACAACUGGAGACACGCCUUCAACACGUCGCAGUGCAUGUUUGCUGUGCUGAAGUCUGGCCGGGUUCAGAAUAAUCUGAGUGAUUUGGAGGUUUUAGCUUUAAUGAUUGCAACACUGAGCCAUGAUUUGGAUCACAGAGGCGUCAACAACUCCUACAUCAAAAGAAGUGACCAUCCGCUGGCCCAGCUGUACUGCCACUCCACGAUGGAGCAUCACCACUUCGACCAGUGCCUCAUGAUCCUCAACAGUCCAGGUAAUCAGAUUCUCAGCGGUCUCUCUCUGGACGAGUACAAGGCCACACUGAAGAUGAUUGAGAAGGCUAUUCUGGCCACUGACCUGGCUCUCUACAUGAAAAAAAGAACAGAAUUCUUUGAGCUGGCGAAGAACAGUCAGUUUGUUUGGGAGGACGAGUAUCACAGAGAUCUGCUGCGGUCGAUGCUGAUGACAGCAUGUGAUAUCUCAGCUAUUACAAAACCCUGGCCUGUACAGAAGAAGAUAGCAGAACUGGUCGCCACAGAGUUCUUUGAACAGGGCGAUAAGGAGCGGCGAGAGCUAAACAUUGAACCUAUUGAUCUGAUGAACAGGGAGAAGCAGGAUAAAAUUCCCAGCAUGCAAGUGUCUUUCAUUGAUGCCAUCUGCACACAGUUAUAUGAGGCGCUGACGGGUCUCUCGGAGUGCUGCUCCCCCCUGCUGGAGGGAUGUAGGAAGAACAGGCAGAAUUGGAAGAUACUUGCUGAACAAGGAGAGGAAGGAGCUUUGCUUAAAGGAGAACUUUAACUUUUCUGUUGGCAUGCAUACUUCCUCGGACUAUCCACAUCAUUCCCUGAGACUGAAAGAUUACAAGACCCUGGUUUGAUGAUAUUCACAUGACAUUCACAAAGCACACUGGAGCAGGAUUGGAUGAAAGACGUAUCAGAAUAAAGUAACUUCUUGAAUCGGGAGAGACUGCUGUGCUAAGGUUGGAUGGAUCGAUACCUUUGCAGAAGACAUGCUUUAAAACUGUGACUAGACCAUCUUGACUCAUUAAAGGAAUGUUCCCGGUUCAAUACAAGUAUUUGUGACAUAUUACCACAGAAAAUCAUUUCAUCCCUUAGUUUGUAAAAAUCAGUUUCCACAAAAAUAUUAAGCAGCAAAUACCGUUUUCAACACUGAUAAUUAAAAGAACCAUUAUUAACUCUUUCCCUGCCAGCGUUUUUGAUAAUUUUCACAAAAAUGUAAUAUUUUGUUGUAUGAAUAUCUGAACAUGCAAUAUGUCAAAAGAAAGAACAGAGCCUUUGCUUUUAAACGAAAAAUCCCAUUUUAUUAUAGCUUUUUGCACUCUUUUUUAUCAACACUUGAAUAUGGGUACGUUUCAUAAAAAAGCAACAUGUUAACCAAAAGACUGUACAACAUGCAUAAGCAGUGCUUUUAUAGCUUGAUUUUUAGAUUCUCUACUCUUUCAAAAGAUGUCUAACAGCGCCCCCUACCGUAUAACAGUGAAAACACGGGACGCCUAAAAAUUCUGUCAUUGGCGGGAAAAGAGUUAAUAAUGUAGCACUUACAAUGGAACUAUUCCAAAGGCAGAAAUGCACAAGUUGUAUUUUUGUAAGUAACUGUAAAUUUGUAAAGAGUUGUUAAACUGUAAACAUGACCGAUUGCUGAGCAGUUUCUCUUUAAAACUGCGCUGUACCAAAGACUCUUUCAAAAACUCAGUUUAAAACAGACCCUCCUACCGUCACAAACACGUAACCAAUCCUGUCAACGUGUGGGCGGGGCUUAUCACAUAUGCUCAAAGGUUUCUAUUUACAUUGUUUUUUUGCAGUGUGGGGCAAUGUAGCCAAUCACAGAAUUUUGUGUGCUUUCUAUAAUCCGCUCAGAAUUUAAAUAAACUGACUCACAGAUUCAUGCAAUGAAUCACAUAGCGAUAACCAUUAAUCCAUUUGCCGUUGUGUAGUGUUCAUCUGCUUCAGUUAACGGAGUGAACGUUUCAUGUUUUUAAAAUUAAAAUCAUUUCUCGUGGUAAUCGACAGCAUAUCGACUUGUAUUGAGUCCAGAACAUUCCUUAUCCUUUCUUGUAGUCUGUAUUUGUCUGUGCCGCUCACUCACUGAAUUACUGAUAUACGCACAUCUUAUUUUGCUAUGUUGCACUGUUAGCAUAAGCUGAUAUUAAAACGAACACAUUGAAUACAGUCGUUUUCCACUGUUUAACCCUUUCACGUCACUUUGUAAAAUACCUUUAUAUCAUGUUGUAGAUUUUUUUGUUCACUUGCAUUGCAUACCUGUGAUAUGUGAACUUAUUUAUCAUCUGUUACACAAACGUGUUUAAUUCUUUGACAGUCACAACAAAUACUUGUUUUGGAGUGGGAUGGAAAUAAGAUGUCUGUAGAAAUGUAAAGUUCAAAAUGCUGUCACAUGUUCAAAAAGAAACUUGUUCCAUA